AUGUCUACGGGAGCUCCCGCGCACGACUGGAGUGCUGCGCAAUACCUCAAGUUCGAAGAUGAACGCACCCAGCCAGCUCGCGAUCUACUCGCUCGAGUCCCGCUUCAAUCACCCAAGACCAUUGUCGACCUAGACGCUCAAAUAAAGGGGAUCGACUCUUCGCCGGACAUGAUCCGCAAGGCGAAAGCAACCCUGCCCCACCGCGAGUUCGCCGUGGAAGACCUGACGUCUUAUUCUCCUGCUGGCCCGGUCGACUUGUUCUACUCCAAUGCCGUGUUCCAGUGGCUCAAGAAAGACGAGCGCUUCGAGAUCGUCAAGAGGUUAAUGGCCACGCAACCAACAGGCGGCGUUGUCGCUCUUCAAGUUCCAGAUAACCUCUCCGAGCCCUCUCAUGACUUGAUGCGCAAGACUGCGGAGGACGGACCGUGGGCAGAUACUUUGUCGACGGUUGGUAGAGAUACUUUCCAGACGCCGCAGGAGAUCUAUGAUCAACUCAAGCCAAUGAGCUCUCGGGUAGAGAUCUUCCAUACAAGCUAUUAUCACGCUCUUGAAAACCAUGAGGCUGUGAUUGAGUGGGUCAAGGGCACUGGGCUACGACCUUAUCUGGAUCCCUUGGGUCCAGAGGAAGGACGGAUUCCUGCGAGAGUAUCUGAAGCGUCUACAAAGGGCGUAUCCAGUGUCUGUUGA